UCAAUUAAACUGCGUAAUUAAUUAGGCCUAACCUUAGCUUGUUGACAUGGCUUCCAAAAAUCAGGCCUUUAUUACCCUUUUCUUACCACUUAAUCUCCUCUUCUUUGCUCUUGUAAGUGCAGACUGUUCAACUGAUAUUUUGAAAUUUGGGGCAUGUACUAAUAUACUUAAUGAUUUGGUGGGUAUAAUUAUCGGGACUACUCCAACUUCGUCAUUCUGUAGUUUGAUUGGGGGACUGGUGGACCUAGAGGCCGCGGUUUGCUUGUGCACAGCCAUAAAAGCAGAUAUUCUGGGAAUUCAUUUGGAUAUACCACUCUCUCUAAACAUCCUUCUCAACGUCUGUGGAAAGAAUUAUCUUACUGGUUACACUUGUUGA